GUCUAGAUAAACAUGAGAAAGAUGGCAGAUAAUGGUAAGGAUUUUCAAGUAGAAACAGAUUCACUUCUCGGACUGAGUGAAUCUGGGAAGCUUAUACCGAGCUCUUCUCGAGUGUUAUCGAUACUUUCCUCUACGUUUGAGAGAUCGAUUCAGAAGAACGAAAAAUUGUUGAAAAGGCUCAAAAAGAAAGACAGUGUCACAAUUUUCCAUGGUUCCCGAGCGCCCACUAUGAGCACUGGACAAUAUAUUGAUCGCAUCUCGAAGUAUACAUGUUGUGGUACGCCUUGCUUAGUUGUUGCCUACAUAUACAUUGAAAGGUAUCUUCAAAAGAUGGGUGCUUACCUUACUUCUUUGAACGUCCACCGCCUUCUGAUCACUAGCAUCAUGGUUGCAGCUAAGUUUAACGAUGCCGGGUGCUAUAACAAUGCCUUUUAUGCCAAGGUAGGAGGAGUGAGCACCAAAGAAAUGAACAGCAUGGAGAUAGAAUUGCUAUUCAAUUUGGACUUCAGACUUCAUGUCACUGCAGAUGUGUUCAGAGCUCACUGUUUGCAGCUCCAAAAGGAAGGUCUGGGGGAGAAUCAAAUUGAUCGACGACCCGGGAACAAGACUCGAACGAGAUGCUUACCUCAAAUUGCAAGCUAUACUUGCAGAGCCAUUUAAACAUUCCAAGAGAUCUCUCUCGAAUUUCAUGGUUAGUUAGUGUUCGAUCUUUAUCAAGUGAACUGGAAAAGUUUAUAAUUCAAUAAUGGUUAAUCAGUUCUCCUUAUGCUAACUGAGAAAUAUUUGUAAUUU